AUGACUGCUGCCUGGAAAGCCGCUGGCCUCACCUACAACCGCUACCUGGCGAUUGCCGCCCGUACGGUCCGCCGCUCUCUGAAGGACACCCCUCGUCUUAACUCUGAGCGCCGUGGCCAGAUGGACCUUCGUUUUGCCAAGUGGGAGAACGGAAAGCAAGGCGAAGCCCAAUCCCUCGCCAAGGCCAACAAUGAGGCCAUUGCCGAAGCUGCUGAGAAAUAG